CCUCCCUCCCCCACUCCCCGUGGCGCGAGCGGCUGAUCCCGGAGAGGAAACGGCAUUCGGCGCCGCUCUCCCGCCCAGGCCGGUCCUGACGCGGGCCUCGUCAGCCGGUAACGGGGAGCAAAGGUGGGGGUCAGGGAGGCGACCACGAAAACGGAGGUUAGAGCCGAGAGGUCUCCUUGAGAACGGCAGGAGUUGGGAGGAGGCGGCAGCAGCAGGAGCAGCAGCGUCGGCAGCAGCGGCAGCAGCAGCUGGGAGGAGGUGGUGACGGUGGCAACGGCAGCGUCGGGGACGAUGGCGCGACUGGUGGCAGUGUGCAGGGACGGGGAAGAGGAGUUCCCCUUCGAGAGGAGGCAGAUUCCUCUCUUCAUAGACGACACCCUCACGAUGGUGAUGGAAUUUCCUGACAAUGUGUUAAAUCUUGAUGGGCAUCAAAAUAAUAGUACACAACUGAAGCAGUUCAUUCAGCGACAUAGUAUGCUUAAGCAACAAGAUCUAAGUAUUGCCAUGGUGGUGACAUCACGUGAAGUCUUGAGUGCACUUUCUCAGCUCGUCCCAUGUGUUGGUUGUCGUCGUAGUGUGGAGCGCCUCUUUUCCCAGCUUGUAGAAUCUGGAAAUCCUGCCCUUGAACCCUUGACAAUAGGGCCCAAGGGAGUCCUGUCUGUAACUCGAAGCUGUAUGACUGAUGCCAAGAAGCUUUAUACUUUAUUUUAUGUACAUGGGUCCAAAUUAAAUGACAUGAUAGAUGCUAUUCCAAAAAGUAAAAAGAACAAGAGAUGUCAGUUGCACUCCUUAGAUACGCACAAACCAAAACCUUUGGGAGGUUGUUGGAUGGAUGUAUGGGAACUAAUGUCCCAAGAAUGCAGGGAUGAAGUUGUUUUAAUUGACUCUAGUUGUCUUUUAGAAACACUAGAAACAUAUCUGCGAAAACACAGGUUUUGCACUGAUUGCAAAAAUAAAGUCCUCCGAGCAUACAACAUCCUUAUUGGUGAACUUGAUUGCAGCAAAGAAAAGGGCUACUGUGCUGCACUUUAUGAAGGCUUACGGUGCUGUCCACAUGAACGACACAUACAUGUUUGCUGUGAAACAGACUUCAUUGCACAUCUUUUGGGUCGUGCUGAGCCAGAGUUCGCAGGAGGGUAUGAGCGAAGAGAAAGGCAUGCUAAGACAAUAGAUAUAGCCCAAGAAGAAGUUCUGACCUGCUUGGGCAUUCAUCUUUAUGAAAGACUACAUCGGAUCUGGCAAAAACUGAGAGCAGAGGAGCAGACAUGGCAGAUGCUUUUUUAUCUUGGUGUUGAUGCUUUACGUAAGAGUUUUGAGAUGACUGUGGAAAAAGUACAAGGUAUUAGCCGAUUGGAACAACUGUGUGAAGAAUUUUCAGAGGAGGAACGAGUACGAGAACUCAAGCAAGAAAAGAAACGCCAAAAACGGAAGAACAGACGAAAAAAUAAAUGUGUAUGUGACAUUCCAACUCCCCUACAAACAGCAGAUGAGAAGGAAGUAAGCCAAGAGAAGGAAACAGACUUCAUAGAAAGCAGCUGCAAAGCCUGUGGCAGCACUGAAGAUGGUAAUAAUUGUGUAGAAGUAAUUGUUACCAAUGAGAAUACAUCAUGUACCUGUCCUAGCAGUGGCAGUCUUUUGGGGUCCCCUAAAAUAAAGAAAGGCUUAUCUCCACACUGUAAUGGUAGUGACUGUGGAUAUUCAUCUAGCAUGGAAGGCAGUGAAACAGGUUCUCGGGAGGGUUCAGACGUUGCCUGCACUGAAGGCAUUUGUAAUCAUGAUGAACACGGUGACGACUCGUGUGUUCAUCACUGCGAAGACAAAGAAGAUGAUGGUGAUAGUUGUGUUGAAUGUUGGGCAAAUUCUGAAGAGAACACCACCAAAGGAAAAAAUAAAAAGAAGAAAAAGAAAAGCAAGAUGUUGAAAUGUGAUGAACAUAUCCAGAAGCUGGGAAGCUGUAUUACAGAUCCAGGUACUCGAGAGACCUCAGGAAAUACUGUGCACACAGUGUUUCACCGUGAUAAGACCAAAGAUGCACAUCCUGAAAGCUGCUGUAGCUCUGAAAAGAGUGGUCAGCCACUGCCUUGGUUUGAGCAUAGGAAAAAUGUACCACAGUUUGCAGAACCUACAGAAAUAUCAUUUGGUCCUGAUUCUGGAAAAGGUGCCAAGAGCUUAGUUGAACUUCUUGAUGAGUCUGAAUGUACUUCAGAUGAGGAAAUCUUUAUCUCACAAGAUGAAAUACAGUCAUUUAUGGCUAAUAACCAGUCUUUCUACAGCAAUAGAGAACAAUACCGACAGCAUCUGAAGGAGAAGUUUAAUAAAUACUGCCGCUUAAAUGAUCACAAGAGGCCCAUUUGUAGUGGCUGGUUGACAACAGCUGGAGCAAAUUAAGUAAAUAAAAUAGCUCUGUCUUUCAAUGAAACACUCAAGAUGACUACUGCGCCUUCUAUUUCAAAAAACCUCUUAAUUUAGUGACUUAUGGCAAAUUUUUAUCUUAAAUCAAUGUGAUUCUUUCUUGUUUUGGGAGAUGGUGGAGGUAACCUCAUUAGUUUGUUCUUUCUUCAGGCUUGUGUCUUUAGUUGCGUGGCUACGCAGGCCUGCCAUAUGAUUUAAGCCAUCUCUUUUCAUUAAAUGUUUCUCUUCCUGUGAGACUUACUAAAGCAACUUAGUGGCAAAAAGUAAUGUUGUACUUAUACUUCUGUACAGAAAUGACAAUGAGCUGAAUAUAUGGUUUUACGAAGUAGACAUCCACUUGCGAAAUGUUUGGAUGUAAUGUUAAAAGCGCAAUGUGCAAAAUUUAAAUAAAGAAUAUUUAUUAAUAUGCACAGUAAAA